ACACACCCACUUUUCUUCUUCAUUCUUCUUUUAACCACGUAUUUGUCUUUAUCUUUGAAAAAUAUUAAUACUUGUUUUUUCUGUUUAAUGUUUAUGUCUUCUAAUUUUUGCUCUUUUUAUUCAUCAGACACAAACGUACCCUUUCUAGUUGUGAAGAAUCAAUUCAAUUCCAGACAUGGGAAGUGUAACCAUGAAUCCGUUGUUUAGAAGUGAAUCUUUCGGGUAUUACUACUUCCCUGACCAGAACUACACCAUGAUAGAGAAGAGACAAUUGUUCCUAAGAAGCUACCAAUUCUGUCGAAAAAAGAAGAGUCUGACAGAGAGAAUCAAAGGGUCUUUGGUCCGUACAAAGAAAGUUGUAUGGUUAAAGUUAAGGAAUGCGAUUAGAUUAAGGAGGUUGGUCUCUUUUCCAAGGUUUAAAUGCGGUUUCUAUUACCGUAGAAGAAGGUUUUCUCAGCUUUAAACAAUAGUAGCCACAACCGCAAAACCGAGUCUUCAUCGUGUUUUUGGCAACUCUAGUAGUCAUGACACAUUGACACCUUUGUUUUUGUUUUGUUAGUAUUAAGCAGUUUGUGAUGACAAUUUGGAACAUGUAUAUUGUUUAUUAAUGUUAACAUUAAUUAAAUUUGUUCUGUUUCUUUAUCUUGUUUAA